AUCUUUGUGCGACUGUAAGAGGUCCUACUUGUGCUUGCAGUUGUCGCACUUCUGUUUAGCGUGUGUUGAAUAGGUCAAACGACCUCUUGCUCUGUCAAAGAUGUCUCGGUGCCUGAAAUUGUUCAAAUUCGCUUUGGGUUCUUCUCAAAGGGCAAACUCCAGGCUCCUGUCUUCUGGACGAGGAUUGGGUAGUAGGACUGUAGGACCAUUCAGUGAAGAUGGCCAUGUCAUGCAGCAGCAGAAACAAUGGUCCAGAAACGGCAUGUGGAACCCCAGCCAUCCAGGCCUCGGUCUCACCCAGUCUUCCUACUACAGCACCAAGGAAGCUGAGAAAGUCCCUCUGGAUACAGACAAGGUUCUAGAAGCUGAGAAAGCUCCUGCGACGGAGAAGGUUGAAGAAGUAGAGAAUAUUCAAGAGGCAGAGGAUAAAGAUCCUGAAGAACCCCUGCACACAAUCAUCCAAGACACAGAGAAUGUCCGAGGCACCUUUUCCAAGCAUGAGUUCCAGGCUGAGACCAAGAAACUCUUGGACAUUGUUGCUAGAUCUCUGUACUCUGAGAAGGAGGUGUUCAUCCGUGAGCUGAUCUCCAAUGGCAGCGACGCCCUGGAGAAGCUGCGCCACAAGCUGAUAACGGGAGGGGGCGACACGGCCCCCAUGGAGAUCCACCUACAGACGGACCAGGCCAAGGGCACAUUCACCAUCCAGGACACAGGAGUUGGGAUGAACCAAGAGGAGCUGGUGGCCAACCUGGGGACUAUUGCUCGCUCUGGAUCCAAGGCUUUCCUGGACGCCCUGCAGAGCCAGGCGGAGGCCAGCAGCUCCAUCAUUGGUCAGUUUGGCGUGGGUUUCUACUCGGCCUUCAUGGUGGCUGACCGUGUGGACGUCUACUCCCAGUCAGCCGAGCCCAGCAGCCCCGGAUACAAGUGGUCCUCUGAUGGGUCUGGAGUGUUUGAGAUAGCUGAGGCAAGUGGGGUCAGACCAGGCACUAAGAUAGUGCUGCACCUCAAGGAUGACUGCAAGGAGUUCUCUGCUGAGGACAGAGUCAAAGAGGUGGUGACCAAAUACAGCAACUUUGUCAGUUUCCCCAUCUUCCUGAACGGACGACGACUCAACACUCUCCAGGCCCUGUGGAUGAUGGAACCCAAGUCCAUCAGUGAGUGGCAGCACGAGGAGUUCUACCGUUACGUGGCUCAGUCGUACGACAAGCCCCGUUACACACUGCACUACCGCGCUGACGCCCCCGUCAACAUCCGCUCCAUCUUCUACGUCCCAGACGUGAAGCCAUCCAUGUUUGACGUGAGCAGAGAGAUGGGCUCCAGCGUGGCUCUGUACAGCAGGAAGGUUCUCAUCCAGACCAAGGCCACUGAAAUCCUGCCCAAGUGGCUACGCUUCCUUAGAGGUGUGGUGGACAGUGAGGAUAUCCCAUUGAACCUGAGCAGAGAGCUGCUGCAGGAGAGCACCCUCAUCAGGAAGCUGAGGGAUGUGCUACAGCAGCGUAUCAUCAAGUUCCUGAUGGACCAGAGUAAGAAGGAACCUGAGAAGUACGCCAAGUUCUUUGAGGACUACGGCCUGUUCAUCAGGGAGGGUAUCGUCACCACGCAGGAGCAGGACGUCAGGGAGGACAUCGGCAAGCUGUUGAGGUUUGAGUCUUCGGCGCUACCCGCGGGCCAGCAGACCAACCUGAAGGAGUACGGCUCCCGUAUGAAGGCCGGGACACGUAACAUCUACUACCUGUGUGCCCCAAACCGACACCUGGCUGAACACUCGCCCUACUUUGAGGCCAUGAAGCAGAAAGACAUGGAGGUGCUGUUCUGUUAUGAGCAGUUUGACGAGCUCACCCUGCUGCACCUCAGAGAGUUUGACAAGAAGAAGCUGAUCUCUGUGGAAACAGACAUUGUGGUGGACCACUACAAGGAGGAGAAGUACCAGGACAGCAAGCCAGCCUCUGAGCGUCUGACAGAGGAGCAGGCUGAGGACCUGAUCUCCUGGAUGAGGAACAAUCUGGGAAACAGAGUCACCAACAUCAAGGUGACCCCUCGUCUGGACACCCACCCAGCCAUGAUCACGGUGCUGGAGAUGGGUGCCGCACGCCACUUCCUGCGUACCCAGCAGAUGGCCCGCAGCACAGAGGAGAGGGCCCAGAUACUACAGCCCACCCUGGAGAUCAACGCUGGUCAUGACCUCAUCAAGAAGAUGCACUCACUGAAGGAGUCCGACUCUGCACUCGCACAACUGCUGCUAGAGCAGGUAGAUCACACUGUCCUGGAUCACGCUGUCCUGGAUCACGCUGUCCUGGAUCACGCUGUCCUGGAUCACACUCCUUACACUUUGGGGUCUGAAGGUGUAAAUGGAAUGGGCCCAAACCCUGGCUGAGACCAUUCCAUUUACAAUAUCUACGACAACGCCAUGAUCGCAGCGGGCCUCAACGACGAUCCCCGACCCAUGAUUGCCCGCCUCAACGACCUGCUGACCAGAGCGCUGGAGAAACACUGAGACGCAGAGACGUCACGGCCGUCACCUGUAGGGCCUAUAGACACUACAGUCACUGCCUGGUUCAACUCCCCAUCUCCGCAACCCUCCUACUGGUCAGGUCACUGUAGGCCCUACAUAGACAUGUGACCUGGCUCUACAUGCUGCAGAUACUACCCCCAUCAACAACACACUGCUCUGGUGGCCUUUCCACAUUCAGGCCUGCCCAUCUAUACCCCAGAAAAGUCCCUUCAAUACCAACGGACUGUUCGAGGAGAGCAGGGAGGCUUUGGCCUGCUCUGAGACCUGAAAAUGGAGUAGACGGACACGACUCAAGCUGUGGAUUUGUGUGUUGCUCCGACUCUCCAGCAGUGGUUAUUCAUGUUGUGUGUGUGAUGACCGAGAUAUUUAUAAGACUGUGCCAUGAGCAGAGUGGAAACCCCAGAUCUGAAGAAUGGGUUAGGGCUUUGUAAAGGAAGUCUUAUUGACAUUGGGACUGGUGUAAUAAUUGUACACAUUUCCAUGACCAUACUUCCUACAUGACCGUUCAAUACAAUGUUACUGUUGGCUCUAUUUCUUCCUCUUUUACUUUUUGUCAUCUUGAUUCAGGUUCCUAUUUUCCUCCCAGCUGUUCCUCAGAUAUGAUGGUUGGCAAUCCCAAUAUUUGAGCCAUAGAUUCCUGUCCUUCAGAGAAGAAUACUGAAACUGACUGUAAAGACUCAUUUUACAAUUAGAUGUGUUGCUGGGAGAGAUUUGUACAAGUUGUAUAUUACCAUCUGUAUGUGGAAUUUGACAUGUCUUAAUUCAGUGCUCAAAUUAUCCACCCAAUAUUUUUUUUUGUACCUGUUAACAAUGGCUGACAUCGAAGAAUGAGCGCUUCUAAUACCCAGAUUGUAAUGAUGAUACUGAUGUAUUGUGAAUAAAACACAUUUACUGAACCCUGUG